AUGCCGUAUAAAUUACGCGACUUCGUUAUAUACGGUCUUUGGAACGAAUCAUAUUCUUCUGAUUUUUGUCAAACUCUUCCCAUUUUGUGUGUGCGGAAUCCCUUCAUUAGGUUGUACAGAUCGUGUGAUACUACUAAUCAAAGAGUACAAUUUGAUAUUGAGCCCUGUGGCAAGCAUCUUGCCACUGGUGGGCAGGACGGCGUGGUCCAUAUUUACGACCUUCAAGGUGGCCAAUGGGUGACAGGCUUCCAAGCAGCUGCUGAUACUGUCAACGGUUUCUCCUUCCAUCCAUACCUUCCUCUUGCUACAACAUCGUCUGGGCACAGAAGAUUUGGUAUGCAAGAUGAAUUUGAAGAGGAAUCGAGUUUGGCAGGUGAUGAGAACUGCUGCUCUGUCUGGAAGUUUUCUUGCUCACAAGAAUCUUGAAACAACAUCAAACCCUGAGCUGUGGAGGGACAGGUGAACAUUUUGGA